AUGCCUGUGCGCGCCAUUGAAUUCUAUAGUGGCAUAGGUGGCCUGCAUCUCGCACUUCGCCAAAGUUGUGUGGCAUGUUCCCCUGUGAAAGCGUUCGACUGGGAUCAAACUGCAUGUCAGGUAUAUGCAGCUAACUAUGGCGUCAAAAUAAUUACCAGGGUAGACAUAUCAACCCUUUCGGCGGCAGAUCUUUUACACUUGGAUGCCGACGUUUGGCUCCUAUCCCCACCAUGCCAACCUUAUACCAUUUUGAACCCUGAUGCUAGAGGAGAGGCCGACCCUAGAGCAAAGUCGUUUCUUCAUUUGAUCGAUCAUGUUUUGCCGGACCUCACUGCCCAGGACUCCCAACCUCGCUACAUACUCAUCGAGAAUGUAGCAAGCUUCAAGGACUCGAUAACAAGGAGACAUUUAGUCGAUGCCCUUCAACGGUUCGGCUACGUUGUCGCUGAAUUUCUUCUCACUCCUGUACAGUUUGGUAUACCAAAUUCGCGACUAAGAUACUACCUUCUUGCGAAAUUAUCCCCCCUCCGGUUCUCUGGCCUUCAUGAAUCUCAAUUCGACGGAGUUCGCGAGACGAUACCAGGAGCUGCAUUAGACGUUCCUAUACACUCGCUAAAGGAAUAUCUGGACCCUACCAACGAAGAUGGAAUUCCUCUACGUCACAGCAUCCACGAUCGAGUACUUUCAAAGUGGGGUCGUUUGUUCGACAUCGUACUGCCAUCCGAUCGGCGGACCUGUUGUUUCACGAGGGGUUAUACACAACUUGUUGAGCGUGCAGGUUCCAUACUUCAGGUGAAUGAGGAUCUUGAUACCACCGAGGUCUUUGACAGGUUUCUUGAAGCUCAAUCGCGGGGAGCUGAAGACGCCGUCCGUAUCCUAGAUCAGCUACACCUUCGCUAUUUUACUCCCAGCGAACUCUUGAAGAUCUUUCGAUUCGAGGAGCCAGAGUCCAACCAAGAAUUUUUGUGGCCGCCCACCAUAUCUCUAAAAUCACAGUACCGGCUCAUUGGCAAUAGCGUCAAUGUGGAAGUCGUGCGGCGCCUGAUCGAUUAUCUUCUUGAUGGUGAUGAAUUUACAACGUGA